CCUCCGCCUCCUCCCUUCCAGUCCUGCGGCGCCACCCUCCCAACCAGCGUGGACGGGGCCCUGCUGUCUGAGGCUCACGGGUUGGUGGCGGACAUGCUUCAGGACCCGCACCUCCCCCCCGCCGUGGUGUCGGGGCUGCAGGCGCUCUACCUCCUCCUCACGCCCACCUCGCACCAUGCCACGCCCUCGCCCCGCGGCCCACGCCCCACGCCCUACUUCCACCUCUCCCAGGACGCCUACCAUUCCGGCUCCGACACCGAGGAGAACCCUUACACGGGGGAGCGGCCCUCUGUGCACCGGCGGAGUGGUCGACGCAGCGUAGCCCCAAGUCUCCUCCGUCGUAUGAGCACUUCCACCUGGACCACCACCACCACCGCCACGGGGAUGCCCACUCUGGAGCCCACGCCGUGCAGGAAGCGAGCGUCCUCCUUCAGAGUGGUGUUGGACUCCACGCCCUGCGGGUCGCCCACGCACGCCUGCUGCCUGGCCCUGCCUCGGGAGGGCGGCAAGAGCCGCUCGUUCUCCACCACGGCGCUGUACCCCGAGGGCGGGCGGCGCGGCGCGGCGCGGGAGCGGCAGACGGUGUGCUCCCUGCACCCGCUCGGCGACCUGGACGUGACCCACCUCGACCGCGUGGCGCGCGGCCUGCACGACUCCCGCCACGGCCCCGGCGGCCACGGCGGCGCCUACUCCGACCGGCUGACGCGGCUGACCAAGCUGCCGAGCCAGCACCUGUGCGAGGGCCUGUGCGAGGAGUGCUCCCGCAGCGAGGCGCCGGCCGGCCCUCGUCCAGGCCCCCCGACCCCCCACGACGCCGCCCCCGACAACAACCACGACCUCUGCGACUGUCUGUGUUCCGACCCCGCCCCCCAGGCCCCCCCCGCGCCCCCCGCUGCUGCCCCCGCACCCCAGGCUGGACCCGGGGCUGGCGGCGGCGGCGGCGGGACGGCGCCGCAGCCCCGGCCCGCCCACCGGGUGCCCACCUCAGACUACGAGAGCAGCGACUCCCCCAGCUCCGUGGACACCAGCGAGGAGGCCCUGGGGGCGCGGGCGGGACGGCUGGCCGAGGUGGCGGCGCCGGCGGCGGUGGUGGAGGAGCGCGAGGAGGAGGCCGAGGCCCCCGACCCCCCGGGGACCACACAGCCUCCCGCGGCACGCAGCCCCCCCCGGGAGGACAGCUCGGAGGUGGUGGUGGUGGCGGACGGGACGGUGUACGAGCUGGCAGUCCUGCAGGAUGACCCGCUCCUCAAUAGGAUCUCCGAGUGGGACUACCCCGUGUUCUCCCUCCUGGCCAGCGCCGGGAAACGUAUUCUGAGCGAGCUAAGUUACCGCGUGUUCUUCGAGGUGGGCCUUUUCGAAACCUUCAAGAUCUCGCAGCGGGAAUUUCUCAACUAUUUCCACGCGCUCGAGCUGGGCUACCGCGAUAUUCCGUACCACAACGCCACCCACGCCUCGGAUGUGCUGCACGCCGUCUAUUACCUCACCUCGCAGCCCAUCCCCGGCUUCAUCAUGCUGCCCCCAGAGCCAGACUCCCCCGCCAUGCUGCACAACGGCGAGGCGUGCAGCUCCCCAAGACUCGUUCACCGCCAAAGCUUCACAGCGGAGGACACGUACGGCAUCCUGGGCGCUAACUUCCCCGCCCUGGAGCUGAUGGCCUUGUACACGGCGGCCGCUAUGCACGACUACGACCACCCCGGCAGGACCAACGCCUUCCUGGUGACGACACACGCGCCCCAGGCCGUUCUCUACAAUGACCGAAGUGUGCUCGAAAACCACCACGCCGCCGCCGCCUGGUCUCUGUUCCUCUCCAAGCCCGAAUACAACUUCCUCUCCCAUCUGGACCGCGCCGAGUUCAAGCGGUUUCGGUUUCUGGUCAUUGAGGCGAUUCUGGCGACGGACCUCAAGCGGCACUUUGAGAUCCUAGCGGAGUUCAAUGCGAAGUCCAACGAGCCCGACGCCCCCGGACUGGACUGGGCCACGGAGACGGACCGGCUGCUGGCGCUUCAGAUGUGCAUUAAACUCGCGGACAUCAACGGGCCGUGCAAGGCGCUGGACAUUCACACGCAAUGGACCAAGAGGAUAGCAGAGGAGUUUUACGAGCAAGGUGACGAGGAGUCCUCCCUGGGGCUGCCGGUGUCUCCGUACAUGGACCGCAAGUGCCCGCAGCUGUCCAAGUUGCAGGAGUCGUUCAUCAACCACCUGGUGGCGCCGCUGUGCAACGCGUACGGCGAGGCGGGGCUCAUGCCGGGCGUGUGGCUGGACGAGGACGAGGAAGAGGACCACGAGGACGAGGACGAGGACGAGGAGGCGGACGCGCGCAGCGGCUCCUCGGACACCGGCACGCAGCACAGCGGCCGCACCAGGAAGAUCUUCUGCCUGCAGACCCAGCACUUGCAGGAGAACCACCAGUUCUGGGUGGCCAAGAUCAAGGAGGAGCAAAGGCUGGCGGAGGAGGAGGAGGAGAGGUCGCCGGGCGGAGGCGAGGAGGACAGGCGGCACAGCGUGGAGGUCAAGCUGAGCCCCAAGGAGGAGUGCGUGGGCGGGGGGGCGGAGGGGGGCAGGGAGGAGGUGCCGGCCUACGCCCCCCCGCCCCCCAUGGUGCUGCCCCUCAACGGCGACGAGCAGAUGGAGCCAAUCGAGGAGGAGAGGACGCCCGCCUCCGUGUCCUCGUCCCGGAGCUUCAGUUUCGAAAAGGAGGACUCAAAACUAUGAUGCCCGGCCUGUGCCAUCUUGUAACUCGUUGUACGGUGACUCGGACGCCGCCAGGACACAGGAGGAAGAAGAAGAAGAGGAGGAGGAAGAGGAGGAGAGGGAAGAAGUUAGAGUCCUGCGCGGAAUCGUCCGAGGAUGGGCAUUUAGCAGGCCGGGCUGAGGAUUAAGCCCUUACCGCUGUGAAGGAGGAGGAGGAGGAGGAGGAGGAGGAGGAGGAGGAGGAGGUGGAGAAGGAGGAGGAAGACAAGGAGGAGGAGGUUGGUCGGUGGUGCUACAAGUCCAACGUCUGUGCGUGUGUGUGUGUGUGUGUGUGUGUGUGUGUGUGUGUUACUGAAACCCUGCUGUAGGAAUGGUCUAAAAGUGGUCUAGGAAUGGUCUGUAUGUCUAGAAACCCUUGUAGAAUCGGUGUCUAGUGAGGAGAACGGUCUCUUUCUGGUCUGGGUGAAGUACAUGUCAAGCAACUGGUCUCAAGUGCGUGGUCUCUAGUCAAAACCUGUCUGUGUGGUUUAUCAAGUGCCCUGGAAGCUGUUUCCGUGUGGUCUAGAUACCCUUAGUGGUCUCAAGUGGCCGGUUUCUAGGUCUGAGUGGUCUGAGUGGGCUGUGUGUGUGUGUGGUAACGUUCAUGGUCUCAAUCUGGGAUAUAGUCCAUGCGGGUUGGUCACUCACGGCUCCCCUGACUCCAAAGUGGUCUGUGGUCCUUGGUCUGGUUACACAGGGACCAAGAACAGACCAGAGAAGGACCAGUAGACCAUUAAGACCAUCAUUAGAACCUGAAGCGGACCACGACGACCUCAACAGACCCACAACCAAGACCCUUCCCAACUCAGCUUCCACACGCUUAUCGCCGACCUGACCUGACCUGACCUCUCCUAUAUGCCCUGCUCUCCAUCCAGUGUGACCCGUGUGGAGUGGGCACGGAGUGGAGAGGACAGGGGAAGGUGUGGAGUGAGUGGGCAAGGGAAGGGAUGUGGAGUGAGGGCCAAGACAAGCCAGGAAGAGAGGGAGACAGGAGUGGGUGACAGGAUAUUGCAGAAGUGAGGGAGGGUUACCGCGAAGAACGAGAGCCUAGUGAAGGUUUACCGAGGAGUGCGAGAGUUUAGUGAGUAUGUGUGGUUAUGUGUGUGUGUGAGAUCUGAGUGAAUGUAGGAGUGCGGUGAAUGUUUACCGCCAGAUGCGGGGUUAAGAGAGAAAAUGUACCGCGCAAUGCAAGAGAAGAGUCAAAUUGGACCGCGAAGUGCGAAAGGAGGGUGAAAAUGUACCGUGAAAUUUGAAUCUAGUGAGAAAAUGUACCGCGAUCUCUGAGUUAAGUGAGAAAAUGAACCACGAAAGUUGAAUUCAGUGAGAAAAAGUACCGCGAAAUCUGAAUUAAGUGAGAAAAUAUACUGCAAAAUUUGAAUAUGGUGAGAAUAUGUACCACGAAAUUUGAGUCUAGUGAGAAAGAGUACCGCGAUAUCUGAAUUAAGUGAGAAAAUGUACCGCAAAAUCUGAAUUAAGUGAUAAAAUGUUCCGCGAAAUCUGAGUUAAGAGAGAAAAUAUACCGCGAAAUCUGAGUUAAGUGAGAAAAUGUACCGCGAAAUGCGAAAGUUCGGUGAAUGUCUCAUGUUUCGCGAGAGCUACGUGAACAUUGCAUUACAUACGAGUGAAAGUGAGCGCGCGUGCAGUGACCCCCCCCCCCCCCCUAACAACUUAAUGACUACCAGACGUUGUGAUAAUGACGAUGAAGAUGAUGAUGAUGAUGACUCUGGCGCCACCGAAGAUGACUUUUGAACAAUUGAAAGUGACAAUUAUAUAUAUUUUUCUCGGCCCCCGCGAGGCGAAGGUGAUAGAUAGCUUAUACGCCUACACACAGACUCACCUUAUGAAACAAACAAAAAGGAAAACAUGCGAGUGGGGGAAAAAUAAGUGAGAUUUUUUGUAGUCAAUGUUUAGUUAGAGUGAGAGAUAGAGAGAGAGAGGUAGAGAGAGAGAGAGGGAGGAAGAGAGAGAUACAUAACUAUAUAUAUAAAUGUAUGUGUGUACGUGUGUGUGUGUAAACAAUAUAUAGAAAACUUAUUUAGUCCACAAAGAAAACAAAGCCGAGUGUAAACAAGGCGGUGACUCAGUGCUAUGCGUAAACAAACACCCAAAAAGAGGUAUACAAUAACAUAAACAAAGGCCGUGGGAGCAAACAGUGACAUAGACACUCGGUAAACAAAUACUCGGGCAGCCAAAACUGUUCCCAAGAUUGAUGUCAACAGUCCACGUUUGUUUGUUCGUUUGUUUGUUUGUCACCACCAUCCCAAAGUGUGUGUGUGUGUGUGUGUGUGUGUGUGUGUGUGUGUGUGUGUGUGUGUGUGUGU